AUGGCGGGCACGCGCUUUGCCUAUGUGCGCAACUUUGAGCUGCCCGACUCGGUCAUCCCCUCGGUCUACCUCGUGGUCCGCAUCGACGGCAAAGGCUUUCACAAGUUCUCUGCGCUCCACUCCUUCGCCAAACCAAACGACCCUUCCGCGCUCGAACUCAUGAACACAGCCGCACGGCACGUCAUGUCCUCUCUCAAAGGUCACAUCGCUCUGGCAUUCGGCGAGUCGGACGAGUACUCCUUCCUCCUUCGCAAGUCAACAACGCUGUACAACAGACGGGAGAGCAAGAUCACCACCCAUAUUGUAUCGCUCUUCACAUCCGCAUACGUCUUCAACUGGCCACGCUUCUUUCCGAACACACCACUCCAGGUGCCUCCCAGCUUCGACGGGAGACUCGUGGUCUACCCAAACGAGGCCGUGGUGAGAGACUACUUCAGCUGGCGUCAGGCAGAUACGCACAUCAACAACCUCUACAAUACGACCUUUUGGGCGCUCGUCCUGCAAGGCGGGCUGACGGAACAGCAAGCAACAAAGCAGCUCGAGGGUACAGUCUCGAGCGACAAGCACGAGAUACUGCACAGCCGGUUCGGGGUCAACUACGAUCGGUUGGAGGCGAUUUUCAGGAAAGGGACGACGCUCGUUUGGACCCACGCUACGGCCGAGGUACCCGCGAUACCGGGGAAGGACGAGGAGGAGAGCGAAGACGAGGGAACAGUGCUGGUGAAUGCAAAAGAUGAGAAGCUGAGGAGGAAGUUGCAGGGUAAACGAGCGGAUAAGCAGGCCAAGAAGCAAGAGAAGAAGGAGAGGAAGGAGAGGACGGCCGUGUUGAGGACGCUGCAUUGCGACAUUAUCGGGGACGAGUUUUGGCUUCCUGCACCGUCACCGCCGACAAUAGCAGGCUCAGAACAACAAUCGACGAGCUCGAGCAGCGCAGAUACGAAAGAUACCGAAGCUGCGAUAUCAAUUAAAGACGUCGCCAGCUCACAACCGUGGAACGACCCUUCACGGCUCAACGGCGCAGGGCUAGGGACUGCUGUAUUUCUAGAUUGA